AUGAGGUCGACCAAGGCGGAACUUCAACUCAGCCUCUCGGACGCCCACUGGAUGCCGGACUUGGUCAGGAGCAAGCUCGUGGAACGAAACGCGCGUCUCGUAGCUCAAGAUCGAAUCAUCGUCAAGAGUCAAGUGCACAGGACGCAGGAAGAAAACAGAAAAGCGUGCGUGAAAAAAUUGCAGAUGCUCGUCGACGAGGCAAAUCUGGCCGCGCACGGCAUCGAGAGCACAUCAGAGCGCAAAAGGAUGAAGAUAAGGAAGGCAAAAGAAAGAUCGAGGAGACGGAAUAGGAAUAAAAUGCAGACAGAGAAGACAUGCAUUUCAAUGAACAGCUCGGAAAAGGAAGAUAAAAAUGGUACAGACUGA